AUGUCCCCUCUGCCCAGGUGUUGGUGCUGCUGGUGGGCUGGUGUGCCGCUGCUCCCGCCCCCAUUCCUGCCCGCAUUCCUGACCCAGCCCCUGCCCCUGCCCUUGCCUCCGCCCCUGGCCCCGACCCUGCCUCCGCCCCUGGCCCCGACCCUGCCUCCGCCCCUGGCCCCGACCCUGCCUCCGCCCCUGGCCCCGACCCUGCCUCCGCCCCUGGCCCCGACCCUGCCUCCGCCCCUGGCCCCGACCCUGCCUCCGCCCCUGGCCCCGACCCUGCCUCCGCCCCUGGCCCCGACCCUGCCUCCGCCCCUGGCCCCGACCCUGCCUCCGCCCCUGGCCCCGACCCUGCCUCCGCCCCCGGCCCCGACCCCGCCUCCGCCCUUGCCUGAGCACCCUGACACCAACUGCCUCCCACGCCGACGCUGCUACCUCGACGAAGAACCAAGUUCAUCCACGUCUCGCCCCGGCAGCCACAUGGAGACCUUCUGCGACCCUUCCUCACCCUACCGAACGUUCAGUGGCCGCUGCAACAACCUCCAACACCCGGACUUCGGCGCCGCUGGUCAAGACUUCAUCCGCCUCCUCCCCCCAGCCUACGACGCUCCCGCACUAUUCCGCACCCAAUCGGUCCGCGGCGGCCUGCUGCCCAACCCUCGCCUGCUGAGCCUGCUGCUGCGCCACGUACCGGAGGGCCACGGCCAGCCCGCCAACGCCCUCUUCGUCCAGAUGGGGCAGUUUGUGGACCACGACUUCGCCGUCACCACCACCGUCAGAAGUGGCGGUGACUCUGGGUUCAGCUGCCGCCCCUGCUCCUCUUGGGUCCACCCCCCUUGCGCGCCCAUCCCCAUCCCCGUCAACGACCCGUACAUGCCCCCCGUCACGGAGUCCGGCCAGCCCAGGUGCCUCCGCUUCACCAGGAGUGUGGGGCACGUCACCAGGGACGCGCAUGGCCGCAGAACUCUCCGGCAACCCAACAUGAACACGGCCUUCAUCGACAUGGCCCCGAUCUACGGUAACGAGGCCUGCACGGCGGAGUCAAUGCGGGAGCGUCGCGGCGGGCGGCUACGGUCUGACACCAACCACAUGCCUCUGAUGCGGCCGGCCUCAGAGUUCCCGUUGGCCAACGAGAACCUUGGCCUGUCGAUGCUCCACGUGCUGUUCCACCGCGCCCACAACCACACAUGA